AUGGCAAGCAGCAACAGCAUCAUGCAAGACAUGGUCGUGAUUCGGCGUCCAGAAAGUGUUCCUCUAGGUUUCCAGUUUAAACCUGCGGACGAAGAUUUGGUGUUAGAAUACUUGAAGAAAAAGAUUGAAAAUCCAGGAGGGUUUCACGUUGAGUUUAUGCCUGAUGCCAUUAUCUACGACUGUCAUCCCGAACAUCUUUUAUAUACGUAUGGAUUUUCAGAAGGAAACAAAGAUGCAUAUUUGUUUUCUCGAAUAGAGAAGAAAUUUGGACAUGGGGAUAGAGCUAACCGGGUAGUAAAAGAUGGUUCUGGACUCUGGAAUAAGUCGACAUCAAAGAAACCUGUCAAGGGAGUCGACGGUAGGGUUAUCGGUCAUAAGAGUGGCCUUGUUUUCUUCACUGGUCAGAAGAAAAGUAAGGAUGGGAAAACAAACUGGCUUAUGGAAGAAUAUGAAAUAUCUGAAGAAGAAGCUGGAUGCAGCGGCAUGAAGCCGUAUCCGUAUGAGUUGGCAUUAUGUCAUAUCUAUGAGAAUGUCCAAGACAAGAAUCAAGAAAAAGGUGACUGA